AUGGCGGGGGGCUACUUUGACCUCCCGACCUCCCGUCCUCAUGCAUCUGGUGCAGAGACAAGGAUAUCAGGGCCGCGUUCUUUUACGCCACUGCCUGAUACCUCUCAGGAAGACUCAAUGUCUCAAACGCGAAGAUCGAAUAGCAGAUACGCACAGGGCAGGCGUCGGAAUGCAAGCAUUCUGAAGAGCACGAAUCAUGCUCGGACCGCCCAGUCCAACUUGAGCGAGGCCCCCGGCGGAGCUAAGGUCGAAUCCCGGUUGGAUCGAAGGGGGGAGCUCCCGCAAAGACCACCUCCCACCGUCAACAUUCCAGGUAUCCAAGGAAAAGCUUCCCCAAGCUCCCCAGUGGUGCCCCUACUGGAUGGCGACCACGCUAGCGCAUCAGUGGAUGUCACCAACCUGGCGAUCACCCCCCGACCCAGCCCACCGGACACUUUUGGGAAGCAUGGGAUCCGAAAUACAAAUGAUAAGGGGCGAGCCAUCUGUUUUGCACAUGAAAGGGCCCACAGAUUUGCAUCCCUUCUCAAUUUCUCACAAAAAUCUCCGAAGUCAAGCUCCCUAGCGUCAUCAAUCGUCACCACUCACACCCAAGAGGUACACGCGACAGGAGAUGGGGAUAAAUUUCGAUUGAUCAGCUUUCCCAAAACACAACAACCCUUCGAAGACACACUAGAUGAACAUGAAGCGGACUUCAUAGACGGGCGAUCAACACCGCACUCCUCCGAAGCCCAUUAUAUAGAGCAACAAAUGUCCCCUCGAGACCUGAACUUUUUGAGUCGUCUUCGCCCUCCAUCUGGUCUGGAAUCUGGACACAUCGAGCCCUGCGAAGAUAGGGACUCCUACGAAUCCGCCGAAAGGCCUUCGCAUUACCGCGGAGGCGUUCUCUCAUCUUUAUUGAAGCUAUAUGAUCAACCCCACCACAAAGCCCCGCGGAAUACAUACCAAAGUCAGUCACAGGAUAGAGGGCGCUAUGGACGCUCGCGAGCCGGGAGUUUCUCCGAGUGGAGUGGUCGUGGCCUUUCUCCCGACUCUAUCUGGAAGCCAAACAGGAGAUGGUACGACAAGUCAUCUACUCGUUCCAGCAUCUCCCUGGCCGGAUCUUCACACAACUCCAACUCCCCUUUCGCUGCUCUUACGCGGUCCCGCAGUAGCGGUGCCGCUGUCUCAGGCCUAGGUGGUACUCCCCGUGGCAAGUCUCAAUAUGAAGACGAAGUUCAUAUUACUGUUCAUAUUGCAGAGCUUCUAUGUCGGCAACGGUAUCUGAUUCGGCUUUGUCGGGCUCUGAUGAAGUUCGGAGCACCGACUCAUCGGUUAGAGGAAUACAUGCGCAUGACCGCACGUGUUAUCCAGAUUGACGGCCAAUUCCUGUACAUACCUGGCUGUAUGAUCAUCUCCUUCGAUGAUGCGUCUACCCACACCACCGAGGUCAAGGUUGUGCGUUCAACCCAAGGGAUCGACCUGGGUAAAUUGGCCGACGUUCACGAGAUCUACAAGGAGGUGAUACAUGACGUUAUUGGCGUCGAGGAGGCAGUGACCCGACUUGAUGAGGUCAUGAGAAAGCCGAGCAAGUUUCACAUUCUCUUCCUCAUAUUUGCGCACGGGUGCGCCAGUGCCUCAGUUGGCCCAUUUGCCUUCAAUGCCCGACCAGUGGAUAUGCCGAUCGCCUUUCUUCUCGGAUGUCUUCUCGGGGUCCUGCAGCUGAUCCUGUCACCCAAAUCGAGCUUGUACUCCAAUGUCUUCGAGAUAUCGGCCGCGGUUCUGACCUCUUUCCUUGCACGUGCCUUCGGAAGUAUCAGGUUCCAGGGAGAGCCCCUGUUUUGCUUCUCUGCUCUCGCCCAGUCCUCUAUCGCCCUGAUAUUGCCAGGCUAUACAGUCCUAUGUGCUAGUCUGGAGCUCCAGUCACGCAGUAUCAUCGCGGGCUCCGUUCGUAUGGUCUAUGCCAUCAUCUACUCCCUUUUUCUUGGGUUUGGCAUCACCAUUGGCACUGCGGUGUACGGGCUUCUUGACUCUCAAGCCUCAACAGCAUACACCUGUCCCGCGAGUCCCAUUCGCAACGAAUACCUUCAAAGAUUCCCUUUCGUCAUUCUAUUCACCGUGUGCCUAGCAAUCGUCAACCGCGCGAAAUGGAGGCAAAUGCCGAUCAUGUUGUUCAUUUCACUGGCAGGCUACGCAGUCAAUUACCUCAGUGCCAAGCGCUUCUACACCAAUACGCAAGUUUCCAAUGCCUUAGGUGCCUUUGUCAUUGGUGUCAUGGGAAACUUUUAUAGCCGACUCCGACAUGGACUCGCUGCUGCAGCUAUGUUACCGGCAAUAUUUGUUCUUGUCCCUUCUGGUCUGGCAGCUAGUGGCUCAUUGAUCUCUGGCAUCACCUCUGCGGAGGAAAUCACCCGGUCUCCAUAUGCGGUCGUCAACAAUGGAACACAAGGCUUUAUGGACGCCGCCAAAAACCGAUCGGCUGAUCAGGCGAGAGAUCAGAGCUAUGGUGUUGUCUUUGACAUUGGAUAUGGGAUGGUUCAGGUCGCUAUUGGUACCACCGUGGGCCUCUUCCUGGCUGCUUUGGUGGUCUACCCUCUAGGCAAGAAGAGGAGCGGACUGUUCAGCUUCUAA